UGACAGAUGUCAGAUGGUUUGUAUUGUUUACUAAUCGAUCAAUGCAAAUUCAUGUUUACAAGAUACAACAUCUAAGAUAUAUAACACAAAUUUUGUUAAUAAUAACAUAAAUAGAUUAUAACAAAAUUGUUACAGAGAUGGAUGAAAACAUAGAUAAUAACGUUGCGGUAUUAGCUAUACUGGAUAAUCAGUGCGAUGGCACAUUAGAAUCUCCUUUUAAACAAAGUGUGAAUAUUGCAAAUUAUAGUCAUGCGCAUACUAUUAGUCAAGAAGGAACUGAUUCACACGAAACAAACAAACAAAAUGUUAUUUGGACAAAAAAUGCUACAUUAAUGCUUUUAAAUUUAUAUGAAACUAAAUUAAGUACUUUAGAUAACCCUAAGAAAAAAUCAAAAAUGUGGUCAACAAUGGCAGAAGAAUUGAAAUCAUUUAACAUAGAGGUAACACCAGACCAAGUAAGAUGGAAAAUAAAUGCUCUAACAAAGAAAUACAAGGAUUGCCUUGAUAAUGGACAGGUUUCCGGAUUUAAAUAUUACAAUGAAAUGCAUCAAAUACUUGGUAAAUACAAUGAAGAUAAUGACACUUAUAGAAUAUCAUCUGGUAUACAAGAUCAAAUAAAUAAGGAUAACUUGUGUAGAAAACUCCCUUAUAAAAAUAGUACAUCAUUAAGAAAAUUAAAGGUGGAGCGUAGAGCUAAAAUUGAACUCGACAAGCAAUGGCUACUAUAUUUAAGAAGGCAAGAAGAGCAAAAGCACAUAAGAGACGAGAGAUAUGAAAGAGCUUUACGAUUGAGGGAAGAAGAGAUCGCUCUGAGAAAGAAAGAAUUAGAUAUUAAACAGACUGUAGCUUUGAAGAAGUUACAAUUGAAGGAAAAACAUCAAGAAGAAAUGCUAAAAAUUGAAAGGGAGAAGUGCUUUUUGUUGCGGAAGUUAUUAGGUGAAUGAUACAGAGCUAAGUUCUAAUGAAAUACUUGUUAAAAUAAUUGCAGAAAAUGCAUGAGUAGAAUGAUUGAAGAUCUAUUGCGAUGAAACUUAAACCAGUUAACCAAUAAGUUUGGUUUUAUUCAGACAAAGAUAAUGAGACAAAUCUUCAAUGGUGGAAAAUACAUAUGACAUCGAAAAUUUUAAGAUAAGGAAAAGAUGAAUUGGUAUAAAUUCUUUUCUUUGGAAUUGUAACAUAACAUACAAAAUCAAAAUCAAAAGAAAG